AUGCAGAGGUGGGUCGCUGAGCCGCAUCAUCAACCCCAGGAAGCACCUCUUCUACCCCACCACGGCCCAAGCGCAGCAGCACCAGAUCCAACGAGCGGAGAGAAGGAGGAGGACGAGAGCACGGCGGAGGACAACUACGACGGCGUCCUGCGGCUGCCCACGCCCAAACUCAGGUUCAACACCUCCCGUCAAAUAGGCGGCUACGUCACCAACUUCGACUUCUUGCCUCUCUACGGCGGCACCGGGACCGGCGAGGGCGAGGCAAAAUUCCUUUGCGUCGACGGCAAUGGCAUGGCCUCGCUCUACGACAUCGAGGCCGCCACCGUCGAGAUGAUGCCCCGUCUCAACAAGAAGCCAGAUCCAUGGUGGAACCCCGUCUCCCUCUGCGUAACCCACACCACUGCCGCCGCCGAGGACGAUCCCUCCCGCCCCGAUGUGGCCCAUGACCCUGACCGCCCCGACGCGCUCUACGUCAUGGACCGCAAGGGCCACAGCUUUGAGGUCUUCGUCUACGGCGAUCCCAACCCGCCGUCGCCAAGCAAGUUCAUGGAUGAGUGGUACCGCGACCGCGUUCAUAGGAACAGUUGCGUGUGGCAUUGGCGCGAGCUCCCUUCGCCGCCCAUUGUCCUCGACGAGGCCAACAACUACCAUCGUAGAGGCCGCGACCCUGUCUCCGUUGAGUCCUAUGCGCUGGUCCACGGCCAUGACAGUGAGGAGGAUGCCUCUAGCAGCAACACCACCAUCUAUGUCUCGUUCGAACCAACUGCUUCAACACGGGAACGGCCAGAGCCCAACCCCGCCGCCGGCACCUACUGCUUCGACACGAGAACCGGCGAGUGGACCAAGGCAGGCGACUGGAAGUUGCCAUUCUGGUCCCGCGCCCUGCACGUCCCCGAGCUCGGUAACAACCUCCUGUUCGGCUUCGAGAAUAUAGGCUUCCACAUACACCCACACUUCACUGUCGUGGACAUCUCCGGCGCUAUGAGGAUGGACGGGCCGGCCCCGGCGCUGCGCCAUGCGUGGAUCGAAAUCGACCCACCAUCGGGAUGGCACGAGACGAACCGCAGCAUGGUGUAUCUCGGGGAUGGCAAGUUCUGUAUCCACAGGAGCUUCAACAUCAUGGAAAUGGACGGAUGGGGCAGUGGCACCGAGUGUGUCGACACGGUGGUCCUGCUCACCGGCGUGGAGGUGGUGAGAGAAGGAUCCAGACUCCGGAUGGUCAAGCACAAGUCCAAACGUCUUGACACACUCAUACACUCUAUCCUCUAA